AUCCUCCUGUUAUCGUUUCUCAGGGUGGAAGUCGUUUCCCUUCCAGAUUCCAGACUGGGAGAAAAAAAAAAAACCGUCUGAAAGCAGACAGUCAAAUGGAUGCCGAGCAGAAGACAACAGGGACUGGAAUUGUUUAAGUGGGAAUGCAGCAGGUCUUCUAGCAGAGAGGAGUAGCUGUGUUUCAGGGAACCUCUUUGUUGUUGGAGCGGUCGAUCCAGACGAAGCCCAGCACUGUUGGCGUCAUUUCAGGUUUUUCACAGACCAAAAAUGCUCUCCUGAAUCUCAACCCUAACAAGCACACCCUGUUCCUUCGCUCUGUGUAUUCUGGUCGGUCACUUCGUCAUAAUGAACCACACUCCCAGCCCCCACCUGUCUGAAGGUGGGAAGUCAGCCCGAGAUGGCCUCCUUUGCAACAUGGGUCUGGGAUCAGAUAGGGGCAUCCGCUCUCCGGACAGCCUUGCCCACACUCCCAGCCCCACUGUAGGAACACCCAGCUCCAGCCCUCCACUGCUGUUGUCGCCUGGACUUGGAGGCCUUGGGCUAGGUUCUCUAGGUGAGGGAGCAGGAGGGGACUGGGAGACCAGAGAGGAGUUGAGGCUCAGGGAGCUGGAGGAAGCUCGGGCCAGGGCGGCCCAGAUGGAGAAGACCAUGAGGUGGUGGUCAGACUGUACAGCCAACUGGAGAGAGAAGUGGAGUAAGGUUCGUGCAGAACGUAACAGAGCUCGGGAUGAGAUCCGGCAGCUAAGGCAGCGGCUGGACACCCUCACCAAGGAGCUCACUGGUGUUCGGCGGGAGCGGCAGGAGCUUGCAACAGAGAACGAGACACUGCACCAGGAGACUGUGCGACUCCGGGGGGACAGCGCAGCUCACCCUGCUACUGGCACAUCUUCCUUACCUUCCUCACCUCAGCAUGACAGUACUUCCUUCUCCUCUUCUUCAUCUAUUUCCCCCUCCUCCCGUGCGUCUUCCCUUUCUUCCUCUAAGAUCGUAACAGACUGCAAGUUUGAGAAGGGAUCACCAGGAUCUCCCGAAGCAGAACCAGUGAGGGAUGUGGACUUGGACAGACAGGAGAUGGGUCAGCAAAAGGACAUGGAGCUGCUGGAAUCAGUCUUGCCUUGUGGAGCAGCAGGUUCUGACACUCAGGACACCUGGAACAGUCGUAACAUUAGUGCAACUGGCUUACGUUCAUCCUCCUGUUUGAGCCGGCAGGAACGAAACAGGCAGCUGUGGGUGGACAUGAAUACGGUGGAAGAAGACUCCAGCAAGCUCAACGCCGUGCAGCUUCGGCUCGAUGAGUCUCAGAGAGUCCUGCUGAAAGAGAGAGAAGACAAGCUGUCCCUCGGUAAGAACAUCGAGAGACUAGAGGGUGAACUCAGCCAGUGGAAAGUAAAAUAUGAGGAGCUUAGUAAGAGCAAACAAGAAUCCCUCAAACAGCUGAACCUGCUGAAGGAAAUGCAUCAGGAUGAACUGGGCCGCAUAUCUGAAGACUUGGAGGAUGAACUGGGAGCUCGGACCAGUAUGGAUAAGAAACUCGCGGAGCUAAGAUCUGAGAUGGAGAGACUGCAGGUGGAGAAUGCUGCAGAGUGGGGCCGCAGGGAACGUUUGGAGACAGAGAAACUGGCUCUCGAAAGGGAAAACAAAAAAUUGCGGGCUCAGGUGGAAGAUCUGGAGGAGCAGUGUGCAAAGAAACGUCGACAGGCCGCCUCAGCUCUCGAUAUAGACCUGAAGGCUAUCCAGAGCGAGUUGUUUGAGAAAAACAAGGAGUUGGCUGAUCUUCGUCAUGUUCAUGCAAAGCUCAAGAAGCAGUUCCAGGAGAAGACUGCCGAGCUGGCCCAUGCUAACCGGAGGGUAGAGAGCCAUGACGCCGAGGUUAAGAAGCUUCGUCUAAGGGUUGAGGAGUUGAAGAAAGAACUGGGACAGGCUGAGGAUGAGCUGGAUGAGUCUCAUAACCAGACAAGAAAGCUGCAAAGGUCUCUGGAUGAACAGGUGGAGCAGACUGAGAAUCUGCAGGUCCAACUGGAACACUUACAGUCAAGGCUCAGGCGACAGCAGCAGAAUCCUGGUCUGUUUGGAAAAAUACGAUCUGCUCGGUUUAGUCCUGAUAACCCAGAUGGUCCAAGAAGUGACCUUGAUGAGGAAGAGGAGGACCUGCAGCUCCAGAUUCCAUGACACGUGCCCAUCCACAAAUGAAAGCAAUGCUGCGAAAACAGUAGUCACAUGAAGAAUGUGAACUAUAGGAAAUGUUUUGCAGAAAUUGUGAAAUUUUGCUUGAGGUAAUAAUAUCUCAGUACCUUCCUCUAGAUUCAUAUCCAACAGACAAAUUUCAGUUUCUUAUCCAAGUUAUACAUUCAUGCAGCCUCCUCAGGAUGCCCUUAAUAGCUGAUCAUGAAUUACUCAACAAACAAACAGAGCGAUGGUCAUCAAAUCAAAAAAUAAUCAGCAUGACUUCUUUUGAACGACACACUUGCUAAAGCUCAUUUAUUAUUUGAUAUGUUUACAAAAACAAGCAGAUGAGAUCCAGCUACUGCAGUGCAACACAUUGUGUCAACAGUGCAGUAAUCUGUAGGAUAUGUGUUCCAAUGGUUUGCUGAAAAAUUCUACAGAGCUACAUCAUCAUAAGCCAGUAUGUGUCAUCGGUUUUCAUUUGACCUCAAAUGCACAAAUACUGCAGCUUCCUUAUUUAAAUAAUGCUACUGUACAAACAAGCCCCAAGCCUUCAUUUACAUGAGUAGUAUUAAUAUGUCGCCCUUUGCUGUCAGGUGUGAAUUUCUGUCUGCAGUCUCAAGUGUUUAAUUAUAAUCUUUGAUUCAUCCUUGGGUUCAACUUGCUUUUCAGAUGGUAUUAAAAGCUUCAGUCUGAAACUAAUAGGAAAACUUUGAGUAUAGUCCAUCAACACCACACAGCAUUCGGCCAAAAGCAUAAGGAAUCACUGCUCUUUACUAUGUUUAUUCUGACUUUAUAAUUAUCAAUUAAUUCAACAUAGUAUAUUUGAAAUACAUACCCCAAAAGAGUAAAAAAUGCAUGUAAUCAUAAGUUAUUUUGUUUCUCGUUAAGAGGGAAAAGGAUCUGUUGGAAAGUUGUGAAUUGCAUUUUGAAAAACUGUACAAAUCUGAACCUGCAAAUGAGACUGCAGUUCAAGGUGUGAGCUAAAAAUGAAAAAUUGAGAGAGACACUGUUAUAAAAAAAAACCUAUCCAUCAGUGAGAUAUCUUUUGGAUUUCUGGGAAGGAGAAUAUCCUGAUCUGAUCAAAUCAGCUAUAACACAAAUUUGCUUCUUGGCAAAUCCCAAGAGCCUCAACAUGGAGAAAGCUACGUGGAUAAUGUUUAAAUAAACGUGUUUCUUUGUCACUGUCCACUUCAAUUUACCUAUCAGUCAGUAUGUAAGGAAUGUUUACCAAUAGAUUAAAGCGAAAAUUUGUUCACACAGCAGCCCAGUUAUGUUACUUGAGAACUAACUGAAUUUUAGAAGCUGUCUGGUUCAUUUCUGCAGGUCUUUACUAUUCACAAAUUAUACCCCAAAAUAUCUGUAAUGUAAUUUUCUUCUGUUGAAACAUUUCUGUGUGCUUCUCUCUGGUAAACUUCAGUGCCAUAAUGGUUAAAGUGGAAGAAAGCUAAAACUGUCUUUGAAACUUCUGAAUGUAUUAUUCAGUCUGUGACUUUCAGAUCAAUAAUAUCAUUCGGACAUGCAAAUGUGUUUGUUUCUUAAUUGUUGAGGCUAAUCUUUAAGGAUUUACAAUCUUUCAAAAACUGUAUUUUUUUCUGCCAAAAUUCCUAAAGCUUACAUCAAGCAAGAGAGUAAAGCUAUCAUGAGAGAAAGAAACACACACAGUAAGGUGCAGGCCAAUAUAUUUGUACUUGCUUAAUAUUGAUAAAUGUAAUGCUGAAACAACAGGUAUUAAACAGGAGGACAUGUUUGAGAUUGCAGGACUAAAUCUCUGCUGAGCUAAAUGUUUAGCUCCAAUAUUGAACAACUCUAUUCAGUCACUUUGCCUCAGGCUCAUCUCUGAUGCUGGAAGAGGACACAUAUUUGUAACGAUCAACAUUUUGUAUUUCUAUUUAUGGUGUUGUUAUAAACUUGUUUUUAUAAAAGUUGUGUACCACAGUCAUUUGUAUUAGCUCUAUAAAUGUCAACUGUACAUACAAAGAA